AUGUUCUCGUUAUCGUUAAUUCAGCCGCAUCUCCGGAUUUCAGAGAUUCCGGCGACGCAAAGCUUCAAAUCGUCAACGAUUCUGAGCAUUUGCUAUUCGAGACCGAAGCGAGAUGAACAGAGGAACGGGAAAUUAUCUGGGUUUCGACUCGUUUCUGGAAAGAGAUCAACUUUCGAUUCGGGUUUCAGCGAUUCCUUCGGGUUGGAGUUUACCGGUGAGAAUGUGAGUCGUGAUGGUUCAUCUUCCUCGCCGAGCGAACGAGUGGACUACUCUCUACUCGCGGAGAGAUCAGAGUUUGAGCUAGGGAGACAAGUACAUGGUAACAUGGUGAAAGUUAGAGUGGAGAAUCUCAUUGUAGAGAGUUCUCUCGUUUACUUCUACGCUCAAUGCGGUGAAUUGACAAGCGCGUUGCGAGCUUUCGAUAUGAUGGAGGAGAAAGAUGUUAUAUCUUGGACAGCUGUUAUAUCGGCUUGUUCGAGACAAGGGCAUGGGACUAAAGCUAUAGUCAUGUUUACGGGAAUGUUGAAUCACGGGUUUUUACCAAACGAGUUUACCGUUUGCAGUAUCUUGAAGGCUUGUAGUGAGGAGAAAGCGAUAAGAUUUGGGAGGCAAGUACACAGCUUGGUGGUUAAAAAGAUGAUUAAGACAGAUGUCUUCGUUGGAACCUCGCUGAUGGAUAUGUAUGCUAAAUGUGGAGAGAUUUCAGACUGCAGGAAAGUGUUUGAUGGGAUGAGCAAUAGAAACACUGUCACGUGGACUUCGAUUAUCGCUGCGCAUGCUCGGGAAGGUUUUGGUGAAGACGCUAUUAACCUCUUUAGGGUAAUGAAGAGGCGGCAUUUGAUCGCUAACAAUUUGACAGUAGUGAGUAUCCUUAGGGCUUGUGGAUCCGUUGGGGCUUUGUUGUUGGGGAAGGAGCUUCAUGCUCAGAUAAUCAAGAACUCGAUCGAGAAGAAUGUCUAUAUAGGAACGUUUUAG